UUGACCUUACCACAAAGAGACCAUCCGCCACUUGGCCGACAAUGGCAUUUGACAUGUAAGGUGCGCCAGAGGAACCAUACCGCCACUUGGCCGCAUAUGAUUCAUGAACGCGCAGCUCGCGGCUUCCAUCGCCACUUGGCCGCAGGAAGUGACGGAGCUGAGACGCCCGAAGGUCGUCGAACGUCAGAAAAAAAAAUUUUCACCGCACCAUUUUCAUACGUUCCUGUGUAA